CAAAUGUUGCGGCUAUUUUGUAGGCCAUCCUCAAAACUUGUUCAUACUCUACUAAAAUCCAACUCCCAUUACAACUACCACAAAUCCCCAGCAAAUGUUGUGGCCAUCCUCUAAACUUGUUAAUUUUCUACUAAAACCCAACUUCUAUCAUCCCCAUUACAACUACCACAAAUCCAGUCUUGUAUUAGAAGACACAUUUUUACCUUUGCUUAAAAAAUGUUGCAACGAAACUCACAUUUAUCAAACUCAUGGCUUCAUGCUACAUCGUGCUUUAGAUGAAGACAACUUCAUUCUCAGCCAAUUCUUUCACACAUGUUCCGCCCUUGGCUUUGUCAGCUAUGCAUAUUCAAUUUUCAAUUCCAACCCAAAUCCAAACAUAUAUCUUUACAAUACUUUGAUCAGUAUUUUCUCUAGACAACAACAUUUAUCUAAUGAUGCAAUUUGCCUUUAUAAACAAGCUCGAGCCAUUGGCUUAUAUCAUGAUACUUACUCUAUCCCUUUUGUGUUGAAUGCUGUAACUUGUCUCAUCACCUCUACGCAAAUUCAUUGUGAAGCUAUUUUAACUGGAUUGAACAAUGAUGUACAUGUAGCAACGUCCCUUGUACGGAUAUAUUCUUCUUUUGGGUGCAUUUCUGAUGCACGUAAGGUGUUUGAUGAAAUACGUAACAAAGAUGUGAGCUUGUGGAAUGCCAUGAUAGCGGGUUAUGUUAAGGCUCAUGAUAUGGACACCGCCAAGUACCUGUUUGUUAAUAUGCUGGAGAAGAAUGUGGUUUCUUGGACUACCAUCAUUGCGGGCUACACUCAGGGGAAUCAGUUUUCUCAGGCUAUAGGUGUCUUCAGGAAAAUGAUGAGUGUGAAGGUUAGUGCUAAGCCUGAUGAAGUAACCAUGUUAGUUGCACUUUCAGCUUGUGCCCACUUGGGUGAGCAUGAGUUGGGUGAAUGGAUCCAUAGUUAUAUUAUAAAACACAGGUUUCGUAGAACUGUAUCUCUUAACAAUACACUUAUUGAUAUGUAUGCGAAAUCAGGAAAUGUAAAGAAGGCAGUAGAAUUGUUUGAAAGCAUGGAAAUUAGGAGUGGUGUUACUUGGUCAACAGUGAUUUCUGCAUUGGCUGUCAAUGGAUAUGGAAGAGAAGCAAUUAACAUGUUUUCUCGGAUGGAAGUGGUUGGAAUUAGGCCAAACAGUGUCACCUUUAUAGCACUAUUAUCUGCAUGUAGCCAUGCAGGACUCGUGGAGGAAGGCAGAUUGUAUUUUAAGACAAUGGAAGAAAAACAUGGUAUUAGUCCUGACAUCAGACACUAUGGUUGCAUGGUUGAUCUUUUUGGGCGUGCUGGUUAUCUCGAUGAGGCUGCAAAUAUGGUUAAAAUGAUGCCGUUUGAAGCAAAUGCAGCAAUUUGGGGAUCACUUCUUGCUGCAGCCAGGAACCAAGGUCAUGUUGAACUUGGGGAGCAUGCUCUGCAGCAUCUAACUGAAGUUGAACCACAUAAUAGUGGAAAUUAUUCCCUUGUGUCCAAUACAUAUGCUGCUCUUGGUAGGUGGAGUGAAGCUAGGGUAGCAAGAAAGAUCAUGAGGGACACAGGAGUCCAAAAGUCGCCAGGCGGUAGCUUCAUCAAAGUGAAAGAUAAAAUUUAUUAUUUCUAUUCAGGAGACAGAUCACAUCCUCAAUGUGAGAGAAUAUACAGAGUUCUAUCACACCUAAACAGGGCGUCAAAGACGAUACUGCAUGAAUAUUGGGAAUAUGUAGAGCUGGUUGAUGCUGAUAGCCCUCAAGAGGACCACUUAUAAGACAAGGGGUAGGAUUUUGCAUGACUUCACUGAUUGUUUCAAGGACCUCAAGCUUCAGAGAAUAAAUCAGCUAACGUUGAGCAGCUUUAAGUUUACCUGCAUGUGAAUGGCAGGAAGUAUUUACCAAUGCAUUUUGUGAGCUCUCAAAGUGAAUAUUCCAUCUAAAUCUAGUGAAGCUGUUGUCACGGGUCUUCCUUUAAAUAGAGAAGCAGUGAUGAAAGAGCAGGAAGUUUGCAUCUGGAUUCCGAGGUCCGUCCAAUCUAGAAGAGCUGCAACUUAUCUUUCAUACAAGUUAAAUACCAAGUCAAAGCGCCUUCAGUUCAACUUUAACUUCGGUAUCUCUCAUUUCAACUAACAUUAGCUCCUAACCAUCUGUUUCCUAAUGUGCUGUUCAAUUCCUGUUAAAUUUAUCAUCUCACCUUACUCAAAUGUUCUAUAGGCCUUACGGUCUUAGAAAAAUAACUUAGCCCAGAAAAAAGGGGUGUACUGAAAACAUAAAAUGAUCAAAUAAGCAUCUUCCCUGUGUAGCAGUUUCAGUAUGAGAUCAGGUGGAGCCAAAUGUACUCACGGUAUGCAUAUGGAUUAUGAAGAUGUUAGUCUACUCACUUCUGUGGUUGAAAUUUGAAUCAGUAAAAGAUCUUAUUUGUAUCGAUGACUCCAUGCCAUUAUUAAAUGACUAUAUUUCACAUUCCUACCAAGGUUGUUUGUGGUUGUGAUUUCAGCAAGUAUUUUUGUACUGAAGUUGAUGUACAUCAUAUUGGAAUUUUCCAGUACUUUUGGACAAUCAGGACAACAUAUUGAACUAGUAAUAACCAAUCAAUUACAUGAUAAGAAAUGAAAAGAGAGAUGUUGUGUCAUUCUCAAAAAAAGGAUAUAUGUUGUAUGUCAUAAUAAUAUAAGUAGUUGCAUGAUUACCAGUAUUAGGCUCAGUUGAUUGUUUCAGUGACUUACUGUUGAUUCUUCGUUUCUUAAUUGAACCCGUUUGGCUCGUGUUGCAAAAUUUAAUGUACACAAUGUCUCGCACAAAUCUCCUUCAUGGGGACUAACAGGAACCAGCAUUAGUGUUUUAGAAUCAUCACCUGGAUAUUAAGAAAGCACAUGAAAUUCUGGCAUUAUUUGUGUGACUUUACUAAAUAGGACUGAAGAAAAUGUCAUCUACUUGUCUAGAUUUUGCAUGUGAAGUGAUAAAUUCGAAAUGUCUGGCAUAAUUGGUGUGAUCAUACUAAAACGGAGUGAAGAAAAUGUGAAAUUUUCUACUAGUCUAGAUUUUGCAUGUUAAGUGAUAAAUGGAAAGUGUCCAUGUGACUCACAAGCAUAAUUUCUAAAUGCUGCAUGCUGCAUAUGAAAAACAUUUGUUGGCAGUCCAAUGAGUAUAAAAAAUAUUUAACAAGAUAAGAAUUUACUUGGUUCAAGUUACUAGAACAACCAGGAACAUCAAAGAAAUUGGGGUGUUCUAUUUCCACGCGUUGUACAUUUCUCAAUGAUAUUUUAACCUACUGACUGAUGCUGGUCCAUAGGUCUCCCUUCUUAGGCUCAUGCUACUGGUUUCUGCUUCUAAUAUGCAAUGAAGACCAACAAGAACAUAUGUAGACAUAUGUAUGUACAAGCAUUUCAAUCUCUCUGUCCUCUAAGAUUGAAUGUUGAGUUUUCCACUUACCUCUUUGCCAUCCUACGAGCUGCACUUACAGCAAGGUUAGACUGAGAAAAGUCCGUGAAUGCAGGGUAUUGUUUGACUCUAGCUAUAGGUCAGAGCUUCUAUUAUGCUGCUUCAGAGAUCGAUGGUGAAGAAGCUCAAACUAAAUAGGAUGUGUGCCAUUGUGAAUGUUUUCCCUGUGCCCGUCUGUCCAUAAGCAAAUAUGCAGGCGUUAUAGCCAUCCAGCGCGGACUUGAUAAUUGGUUCUAUUUCUGAAAACACCUCACCUGCCAUAAGAAACCAACAUUCAGGUUUGCAUAAUGAACCAGAGAAGCUAUUUGCAUUUUGUGUUAUUUGCAAUAUUCAGUUUCUUUUAUCAUCAGAAUUGAAGAAAAUAUGACACUUUGUAUAUGUCCUGGAUUGGUUCAUUAAAUUGAAAACAAUGUUUCGUUUUU